UCAAGCUUUCUGCUACUUUCCCAUGGUUCGAAUUCCACACUCCCAAACAUGCCCUUACUUCCGGAACUCCAAAUCUCCCUGCCAAGGUGGAUUGGUAUAUUCCGAUGGUGGGUGCAAGACGACAGUAAGAACCAGUCGGAAGAUGGCAGAGGAGAAGAGGAAACAAUUACAGAGAGCCCCAAGUCGCCGAAUUCACCAGUGGAGUGUUACGCAUGCACGCAAGUCGGUGUUCCCGCCUUCCACUCAACCAGUUGUGACCGAGUCGAUUCGCCUGAUCAAUGGGAAGCUUGUGCCGGGUCAUCCCUGAUCCCGAUGGGAAGCCGUGGGGGAAGCGCCUCCGCCGCCGCUUCGGGGUCGGAAUCGAAACGAACAAGGCAGUCGUUGAGGUUGAAGGGGCCGUUAGGGCGGGUGUUGGACCCUAGGAGCAAGCGCGUGCAGAGAUGGAACAGGACGUUACUGAUAGCGCGUGGGAUGGCGUUGGCCAUAGACCCGUUGUUCUUCUACGCGCUGUCUAUUGGGAUAGGGAAGGAGUAUAGUGCCCCCUGCCUAUACAUGGAUGGUGGGUUGGCCGCCAUAUUGACGCUGCUGCGGACGGUGGUUGAUGCGGUGCACCUCUGCCACUUAUGGCUACAGCUCCGCCUCGCUUAUGUCUCUAGAGAAUCCCUUGUCGUUGGCUGCGGCAAGCUCGUCUGGGACCCACGUGCCAUUGCCUCUCAUUACCUUCGCUCCUUCAAGGGCUUCUGGUUCGACGCCUUCGUCAUUCUCCCCGUCCCUCAGGCGGUAUUCUGGUUGGUGGUGCCCAAAUUGAUAAGAGAAGAGAAGAUAAGGUUGAUGAUGACAAUCCUUCUACUAAUCUUCUUAUUCCAGUUCCUCCCAAAGGUCUUUCACAGCAUUUGUAUCAUGAGGAGAAUGCAAAAGGUUACUGGUUACAUCUUUGGCACUAUUUGGUGGGGCUUUGGCCUUAAUCUCAUUGCCUACUUCAUUGCUUCCAAUGUGGCUGGGGGUUGCUGGUAUGUCCUUGCAAUCCACCGAGUGGCUGCGUGCCUCCAACAACGAUGUGAUGAUAGAGGUAACAAGUGCAGAAUAUCUUUGUCUUGUGCAAAUGAGAUCUGCUACCAGCUUCCACUACCACUGGAUAUGAUCAAGAAGAAUCCAUGUAGUAUCAAUUCAAUGACAAUGCUAACUGAGACUCAGAAUGUGCCAGUUUGCUUAGAUGGCAAUGGACCUUACCGUUUUGGAAUCUAUAACUCGGCUCUCCCCAUCGUUUCCAGCAAUUCUGUUGUGGUUAAGAUCCUUUACCCAAUAUUUUGGGGCUUAAUGACCCUCAGUACAUUUGGUAAUGAUCUUGGACCUACAAGUCAUUGGCUAGAAGUGAUAUUCAGUAUAAUUAUGGUGCUCUGUGGCUUGAUGCUUUUCACUCUAUUGAUUGGGAAUAUUCAGGUAUUUCUGCACGCAGUCAUGGCAAAGAAAAAGAAAAUGCAAUUGAGGUGUAGAGACUUGGAGUGGUGGAUGAGAAGACGACAAUUACCGUCGCGUUUGAGACAAAGAGUACGCAAUUUUGAAAGAUACAGAUGGGCUACCAUGGGUGGAGAAGAAGAGAUGGAAUUGAUCAAAGACUUGCCUGAGGGACUCAGGCGGGACAUUAAGCGCUACCUGUGCUUGGAUCUCAUCAAGAAGGUUCCUCUGUUCCACAACUUGGAUGAUCUGAUCCUGGACAACAUUUGUGACAGGGUUAGACCACUAAUCUUCUCUAAGGAUGAAAAGAUAAUCAGAGAAGGAGACCCAGUGCAAAGAAUGGUAUUUGUGGUGAGUGGUCAAUUGCAGAGUAGCCAAACACUAAGCAAAGGCAUGGUAGCAACAUGCAAGCUAGGCCCUGGUAGUUUCCUUGGGGAUGAACUCCUUUCAUGGUGCCUUCGCCGCCCAUUCAUUGAUCGCCUUCCUGCAUCUUCCGCGACUUUUGUUUGUGUUGAAGCAACAGAAGGAUUCGGCUUAGAUGCACAACAUCUUCGAUUCAUCACCGAGCACUUCAGAUACAAAUUUGCUAAUGAAAGCCUUAAGAGGACAGCCAGGUACUACUCUUCCAACUGGAGAACAUGGGCUGCUGUGAACAUACAAUUGGCCUGGCGCCUCUAUUUGAAGAGGACAAGGGGCCCUAUAAUUCAGGCACCGGAAAAUGGCAAUGGCAAUAGUGAUCGUUUGCUUAUGCGUUGUGCUGCAUUGUUCUUGUCUCUUAAACCGCAUGACCACCUUGAAUAAGUGCCCAAGCUGCCUUCAUUUG